AUGCGCGUGCUGACGGCUCGGCAGCUGCCGCGGGCGGCGGCGGAGGCGAUACGGUCCGAGUGCGAGCGGUGGACGCAAAAGCUGCGCGGCACCCGCGCGACGCCUCUGGCGUUUUGGUACGUAAACGAGGCCCAGUUCUCCACAGUGCAGGGCGAGCGUAUGAGGUUUUCACUGGCCGCCAGCAGCAAUGCCAGCGGCCGCAGCUGCGGCGCCUGCAGUGGCAUUAGUAGCUACGGCCCGGGUGGCGUGCAGCAGAACGCGUUGGAUGAGGCGGCGGCCCGGCGGCAAUGA